UGUCAUUUCAUUGUGGUGCUCUCUUUUGAAGCCUUUUUCUUCCUGUAAUUCGCUAUGAGUUUUUUUUUUUGCAGCGUUUUUGUAUUUAGAAAUGUGAAUUGAUAGAGGCAUUGAUACUCUUGCCAUCUUGAAUGCACACAAUCAUUUUUGAAUUCAGAAGCAGAGCUAACCUGUUUCAUUCUUGAGUGAGAGACCAACUAGGAAUAUCAAGGAAUGAAAGAAUGCUGUCCAAAACCUAGAGUACGGGUCAGCAAACUAUUUAAACAGAGGGCUGUUUCAUGGUCCCUCAGACUGUAGGGGGCUAGACUAUAGUUUGAAAAAAAAGAACAAAUUCUUAUGCACACUGCAUGUAUUGUAUUUGUAGUGCCAAAAAUUGCAAGAACAAUACAAUAUUUAAAAUGAAUAGUUUUAACUAUAAUAUAAACUUACCAGUAUUUCAAUGGGAAGUAUGGGCCUGCUUUUGACUGAUGAGAUAGUCAAGUGAAUUAGGACUGUUGUUUGCUUUCAAGUUGCUUCAGACUUAGGGCUGUCAUAAGUCUAAAGUUUAGGGUAGGGGCUGGGUACAUGACCUUUGACUCAGUCUAAGUUAGCUUCCUGUAUAUCUUAUGUUUUCAAUUCACAUUGUUCAUUCUAAUGUUGAACUUUGUCCUAGUGUGCUGACAGCUCUUUUAGGCUACUGAGCCAAAAGAAAAGAAAUUUCACCUUGAUUGGUCGUAUUCAGAGGUUGCAAAAACACAUAUUUUUUAAAAAAACAAAAACCUCAUGAGGACUUUGCAUGCUCAGUAGUCACAGAACAUAGUGAAUUGGCAAAGAAAAAGAGUCCUAUAGGAGAAUGAAAUAACUGGGGAAGAGGCUUCAAAAUCCUGCUGAUUUGUUGGCAGGUGGACAGGAGAAACUAGCUGAAAGAAGGUAGAGGUUCAGACAGUAUAAAUGGGAGACUGCAUGGUUCAUGGCUCUGAUUUGUGUCUCUUCCUUCGCUCAAUUUGUGCCUUUCACUUUCCUCCUUCUCUUCCUCCAGGAGGUAGAGAAAAAGAGGAGGAGAUGAAGUAAACGUCAGGAAAUAAUACAUAUAUAAAAUGGUUGAGAAUAUCAUCUCAUGAUGUGGAUAAAUAAUUUUUGGAUGAAAUUUAAACAACUUAUUUUAAAUUUUCUCAGAAAUGGAAAUGAGAAAUGUCUGUAUAAAUCAGUGGAGAAAUUUGAGACUUUAAUGUAGCUGUACAGAUAAAGCAACCCCGUAGGAACAAUUAGUGGAAAGUUACAUGGUGGGUGGAGGAAAAUAUGGUUAGCAAGAACAGGACCAAGGAGUGGGGAAGGACUGAAUUGAGGAGAUGAUGAGAUAUGAGAGAUGUAGCCUGUCGGGUUCUUCUGAGCAAACCAGAACACUAGCCUGACUCUUGAAUACCUGCCACCAGCAACUAUAAACAGUGCACCAACCCAUAACCUGAGGAUAUGAAGGCUAUGAUUAUUACAGUGCACAAGCCAGCAAUUCUGCUACAGCUGCUGCAUACAACUAUAAUGCUGCUGCCACUGCCACCACAACCACAUGGGAUACUUCUAAAACUAAUAAUAUGACAAUGAGUACAGACAUGGGCACUGGUAUGCCAGUUGUGAAUUACAAUACUGGGGCAGCAGGAACAGAAAACAGCGAUUCUAUUAUAGCAAAAAUAAACCAGCGUCUGGAUAUGAUGUCAAAGGAAAGCAGUGGUGGUGCUGGAGAGGGCAUGGAAGAUCAGGAAAGCUCUUUCAGAUUUGAGUCUUUUGAGUCUUAUGACUCUAGAGCCUCGGUGCCAGACCGUGACAUGUACAGGAUCAGCUAUGACUAUAACGAAGUUGGAUCUGAUCAGAACGAUUCCUUUGGAAGUCACUAUGAUGCUGCUGGUAACCCACGAGAUCAGCCACGCAACAGAGGAAACAGCUAUGGCUUUACUAGAGGGAGGGUCCAGAAUCGAGGGCAUCUCAACACUUUCAAUCGUGACCGUUUCAUGCCAUCAAGUACAGAACGGUUCUCUACACGAUGGAAUGAGAUGAAUUAUAUGGGUGGAAGUAAUAUGGGAGGAUCUGGAUCUAAUAGACCUCCCCCUCUCUUUUCCCAAGACCUCAUUCCCGAGUAUAGAGAUUACGGUGAUUAUGAAGACUGUGGUGACUAUGGGGACUUUGGCAACUGUGGGGAUUAUGAUUAUGGCAUGACUGGAACACCAGGAAUGGGAAUGAGAAGGUUUCCCAGGAACAUGCCCUAUGGCUUUGGCAGAGCACAUGGCAGACCCAAGAGGAGAGUUUUCCGUGGCCGCUUUGGUGGACGUUCGGAUAAUGAAGGUGGAUUCCAUAAGCGAAAACAGUCCCAAAGUGGAGAUGAGCCAGACCGCAAACAGGCGAAGACUGAAAGCGAAAGAGAUGACUCAGAUAAUGAUGAUGGAGGAGAAGAAGACAAGUCAGGAGAUGAAGGAAACAAAGGUGAGCACAGGGAAGGCAAUGAAGCACUCAAGGGAAAAGCAACUGGUGAUGAUGAAGAGUCAAAACAAAGAAAAGAGAAACAGAGGCAAAGGGAUAGAAUGCGUGACCGUGCUAUGGACAGAAUUCAGUUUGCUUGCUCUGUAUGCAAAUUUCGAAGUCUUGAAGAAGAAGAAAUGGAGAAGCAUUUACAAAGCAAAUUUCACAAAGAUGUCUUGCAAUACAUUGGGACCAAAUUGCCUGACAAAACUGUAGAAUUCCUGCAGAAAUACAUUGUUAAUAGAAACAAGAAAAUUGGGAAGCGUCGGCAAGAGCUGACAGAGAAAGAGAGCACCAAACCAAAACCAGACCCUUUCAAAGGAAUUGACCAGGAGCACUUUUUUAAAAAGAUAGAAGCAGCUCACUGCAUAGCUUGUGAUAUGCUAAUUCCUGCACAACCACAUCUUCUUCAGAGGCAUUUACGGUCUGUUGAUCACAACAGAAAUCGCAGGAUGGCAGCUGAACAUUUCAAGAAGACUAGUUUCCAUGUAGCUAAAAGUGUCCUAAAUAGCAAACACAUAGUGAAAAUGCUAGAAAAGUAUCUCAAGGGUGAUGACCCAUUUACAGAUGAGAACAUUGACCAAGAUGUUGAUGAAUCUGAAGCUGUAGAGAGGGCAGACCGUGAAGGGACUCAAGAAAAUACAGCUAUAGAGGAAAAACAGAAUGCUGGUGAUGAGGUCAAACCCAGUGAGGCUGGUGAAACUGCUAAACCAGAAGGGGAUGAGACAGCCUUCCCUCCUGCAGAUUUUUCUAAAGGUGAAUCUGCAGAGAACCAACAGCAGGCAGAAGAGAGAACAGUAGCUGUAGGAAUAGUGGAAGAGCUGCCAUUCUCAUCCCAAGGAGGUUCAGAAGAAAGAGCAGCUGAAAUCCAAAGGGAGCGACAACAGCAUAUGGAGCCAGCAGAGGAGAAUUUAUCUGAAAUGAGAACCACUGAAAGUAAAGAUAUCAAGGAAGAGCCAGUUGUAAUAUCAAGUGCAGAUCUGCAACAGGAAUGAUGACAUAGUGCUUUUGUGAAGGCAAGCCUAACAAGCCUUGCCUCCCUUACCCCACGUACACCCAGUCUUAUGUCAGUCGAGUGAGUGUGUAUGUGUACAUUGCCAGAGUGCUGUCCAUUUUAUUUCCAUUUUGAGGAAAGAUAUCCAAUCCUUUUCUGUGGAAUCAGCCUUGUUAUUAAGUGUUUUGUAGAAAAGUAAAGUUAACCAGUCUAUUUCGUUAGAGAGUUCAGAAAAAUAUAAAUUGAGACCUUGCCUUUAGAAUGAGUAUCACUAUUUGAAUAGCAGGUAUUAUUAUGCUUCUGACAGCUCUUUGAUUUUUGGUACUGAUCAAGUACAGAUUCAUUUGAAAACUAUAUUCACCUUCUUGUUAAUAAGAAAGACUAGUUGAAUGGUUUUAUUCUUUCCUGUGAAAAUGUUUGCUCAACUAAAUUCCUAGUGAUCAGGUUUUCUGCCAUGGGGACUGUUAAUUUUCACUUACCCAGUUUCAAGUACUGCAUGAAAAACAGCAGUCGUAACUAUAUAAUUUGAAGCAUCAAGGUACUUGUGUAUCUCAGCACUAGUUCAGAUUUUCUGUAAAGCCAUUUGCAGUUUGUGCUGCUACUUAUGCUGCUAUAGAAGCAUGGCACAAAGUUGAAAAGUUAUGCCAACACUGAAACCUCCCUUUCUUUAAAAUCAAAGUCAGAGGAAUAUAAUGCACGAAGUAAACAAACAGGGCCCUGAACAUGAGGAAGGAUGUUAGUGUUAUGACUGUGUAAUUACAUGUAGCAUAAUGUUUCAAAGUGGAAUGCUUUUUCUUAUUUCUAAUAACUACAAAGUCUUAUGCUGUGUCAUUUAAAUAAAUUUCUGAAAUUGAAAAUUCA